ACGAGUCGGCCGAGCUCAGUCCUCUUGACCCACUUUGGUAUUCGAAUCUCAGAGCAUCUGUUUUUACCGCGAGGGGGCGGUUAUUUAUUGUUUGAUUGAUUUAAAUAGCUUGCGGGGGAGGGACAGUUUAUGAAGCGAGAAACCGGUCUCCACUCCACCCGAACCCUUCCUUCCUCGGACACCUAAUUUCCGCCACCUCAUUCCCUUUCUCCGCCCCCCUCUUGCCCCUCCUUCCUGGGACGUCUCGCAGCGUGGCUGUCGUAGACGCGUGCGCGAUCCUUACGUUCCGGGAGCGCGCGCGCCCCCGCCCCCGCCUCUUCAAGUCUGGCACUGCCGGUGUCAGUCGUUGGCUGCGGGAGGGCGGCGGUGAUGACGGCCUGGUGUGACGGGCCCGUUGCGGCAGUGCCUCCUUUUUCUUCUCCUCCUGCCGCCGCCGCCGCCGUCACCACCGCCACCGAGGCCUCGUCAGACUCAUCAUGAGAGGAGAUAUAACCCUCAAACAAAUAAAUCUGGAUCAAAGGAAAAGCAGUCCAAGGCCAUGCAAACCAGCUGUAGUCAUCUUCACAAUCUGCCAGGAACUGGAGGCAGUGAGGCUGCCCCAGUUUCUCAUUGUGCCCAUUCUGUAAGAAUGACUGGUGAAGGUGCUUGCCAUCAUCCUGGAGAAAUUCACAUCCAGAUAAGCUCUGUACCUGGAGAGUGUGGUGAAAGUCUGAGCCCUAGAAACCUAAGAUCUGCUUCCCAAAGCAAUACCCAAGGCUGCAUACACAGUCGAGUAAGGAGUCAUUCACACAAUGAAGCAAGGCAACCUGAUGAUGCUACCAUGGAUCCCGGAGAAAAUGGAAGCAGUUCUAUCUCUGAGUUUCGCUAUCUGUUCCGUUGGUUGCAGAAAAGUCUUCCAUACAUUUUGAUUUUGUGUGUCAAACUUGUAAUGCAGCAUAUAACAGGCAUUUCUCUUGGAAUUGGGCUGCUAACAACUUUUAUGUAUGCAAACAAAAGCAUUGUAAAUCAGGUUUUUCUAAGAGAAAGGUGCUCAAAGGUACAGUGUGCUUGCUUACUGGUAUUUUUAGCAGGAUCUUCCAUUCUCUUGUAUUACACCUUUCAGUCUCAAUCACUUUAUUACAGCUUGAUCUUUUUAAAUCCUACUUUGGAUUUUCUGAGCUUCUGGGAGGUACUCUGGAUUGUGGGAAUUACAGACUUCAUCCUUAAAUUCCUCUUCAUGGGCUUCAAAUGCCUUAUUUUGUUGGUGCCUUCUUUUGUGAUAUCUUUUAAAUCCAAGGGCUAUUGGUAUAUGCUCAUAGAAGAAUUAUGCCAGUAUUAUCGAACUUUUGUUCCUAUUCCAGUUUGGUUUCGUUAUCUUGUUAGCUAUGGAGAGUUAGGAGGCAGUGUAACAGGAUGGAGUCUUGGGAUUCUACUGGGUUUACUCUACCUCAUUCUAAAACUUCUAGACUUUUUUGGGCAUCUGAGAACUUUCAGGCGGGCUUUACGGAUAUUUUUAACACGACCAAGUUAUGGGGUGACAGCCUCCAAGAGACAGUGUUCAGAAGCCGAUGAUCUUUGUUCCAUCUGUCAGGCUGAAUUCCAGAAGCCUAUCCUUCUUAUCUGCCAGCAUAUAUUUUGUGAAGAGUGUAUCACGUUAUGGUUCAAUAGAGAGAAAACAUGUCCACUUUGCAGAACUGUUAUUUCAGACCAUGUAAACAAAUGGAAAGAUGGAGCCACUUCAUCACAUCUUCAGAUUUAUUAAAUCCUGUCAACUGCUAUUUGGUGUUUAUAGGAUGCUGGUUUUCAUUUGAUGUUUAAGUAAUGUGGGUACUGCUAUAAUUGAAUUUUAAAUGGAUUUCCAGUGUUUUUUAGUUCAAAACUAACUUUUAAGCAUCCAAAUCAGACAUUUAGACUAUUAGAAACAAGUUAAAGAAAAUUCUGUCUACUGACAUGAAAUUUUAAGAAUUAAAUGGGUAAAAAGCAA